GUUACUUACUGCCAAAUUACUAGUUCAAAGAAAACUUAUCAGUUUUGUGAUCAUAUGUUUGUAGCGACAAGUACAUCCAGCAAUGUUACUACAACCUACACGAAUAGACCAAUGCUCAUGAAGAUGGAAAGUGUAGUGCAGCGGGAAGAUCCAUCGGUAGAUGUUGUUACAUUGGAAACUCCGAAUUUGACAUCACUUAUUGGUACCAAUUCAGCUACAUUGCCACCGGAUUUCCCAUCAACAGCUGAACUGAUGCAGAAAUGUCUUACGGUCAACCCAUUUGAAUUAAAAUUCCGUGAAGCAAAUCGACGUAUCAGUCAGUGCAGCGAAGAGCUUCUUGAACAGAAUGGACUUGUUCCGGUGACGCUUUCAUUACCAACGACAGGUGGCAUAACCUUGCUGAAACUGCCAUCAUCCCUGGCCCAUUCUCCUGGCAUCUUCUCAAACAUCAACGUUCUUUCAGCGGAUUUCGAAGGUGAUGGGUUAAAAAGUGCCGACUUAUCGCGUUUAGUGCAACAGAUGAAAGAUAAUGGCGGUUUAUCAACACAGAACUCAAGAACUGGUGAAGACACUGGACAAGCGCCUCGAACCGCUGACGUACUUAAUGCCGUUCUUGAUAUGCAUUCUGAUAGGUUGGGAACGCUUGCUUUUCUUGGUGCAACUGGCACUGCCACACCUCCUUUGAAGGGACCGUUGGGAUCAAUCCUGCCGACAUCCUCAUCUGUUGCUGUAGCUCUUUGCUCUGAUCCGCCUGUAGUAACACCAUCAACAUCGUGUAGUGCAAAUGUCGGUGGUCCUGAAUGUGCAUCUACUUUGUUAUCAUGUUCGCCAUGUUCCUCGGAAUCAGCUUCUGCUUCUUUAACACCGCUAAUUUCUGCUAUAAAUAGUCCCGUUGUCAGUGCAUCAGCGAAUAUUUCAAGACCUGGAAGCUCUGCAUCGGCUCAAACGCCUAAAAAAAGAUUGUCAGUACGGGCAGCAGCGGUAGCUGCACCGACAAGUGUUGAACCGGUGGUCUCAACUCCUUUUCUAAGUGCUGUUGGGACACUGUUACCAGCAACAAAUAUCGAGGAACGGAGUGAUGUGUCGCAAAUUUCCAGUGCACAGUUAUCACCAACAGAUCAUUGGGAUCCUCGUGAUGUGAAACCGGUGAUUGUUGGAAAAAAUGCACCGUCAUCGUUGCAGACAAAUCAGCAAUAUUUUGAUCACGAGGAAGUCAUUUAUCCGCAGGAUGAGCAGCGUAAACAUACGGAAACAAUGUCAUCAGCACCAAGAGGCAGAGAAAGUGCUGUAUCUCGUUCAACGACAUCAUCACAUCGCGGUGGACGAGGACGUGGUCGUAGUUCUCUGACUGCCGAUUUACCACCCGAUGAACGUCGUGUUACAAUUCUGGAAAGGAAUAAAGCGGCUGCUGUGCGGUAUCGGAAGCGAAAAAAGGAAGAACAUGAUGAGAUGAUUACUCGUGUUCAUUUAUUGGAACAAGAAAAAGUGGCACUCUCUACUCAAAAUCAAAUACUACGUCGUGAACUGGAAAGAGUUACAGCCUUGCUGAAAACACGUGAAGCAUGCUGUGUUUGCCACUUGAGUGGUGUGGGGGAAUGUUUGCGGAAUGGAUCACCGCUAGAAGUAGACGUUCUUUCUCCUCAAGCUGAGCCGCAUCAUGAUCUCUCCAAUUAUAUAUCACAGCAAUUGGUUUCAUCAGUCAGUCCUAACAAGAAGCCGUCGAAAUGAUUUCAGAAAUUCCAUAAAAUUUUCUGAUGGAUUGAUUCCAAAAAUAUACUAAGAUCUGACGACAUAUGUUUUUUAGCUUUUAUUCGUGAGCUUUGCUUUUCAC